CGUUCCCAUCUCCUCCUCCUCCUCCGUCUCAUUCCGACGCGAGGGGGCUGGCUUUUCUCCGCAUGCACAUCUCGGCGCGUGCUCGAUCGCGAGGCGAGAGAAUCUUCGCACGGGAAGCUGAAGGGGUGGGGAAAUCGAGAUUUGGCUGCGUUCCAUUGUAAUCAAUCCAAGGUCGGGUGAAGCAGCAAGCUGGGAACGUCUUCUGAUCCAUGUUUUUCUUCGAGGAACUCUGGGAGAUGUUGUUCCUCGAUCGUCUGAUGUCGAAGCCUAGGGUUUAUACAGAUUUCCUUUACCAUUCUCUAGCUGCUUCCAAGUUCAACGCCAGUUGCCAGUCAGAAGCAUUAGAGUCUUGCCGCGAUGAUUCAGCCGCUUUCUCGCUCAAAUUCGUAGCCAUGGCAUCGAUUUUAGUUGCUGGAAUUGUUGGAAUUGCAAUUCCACUGGUCGGGAAGCAGAGGAAGUUUCUCCGCACCGAAGGCAGCCUUUUUGUGGCAGCCAAGGCCUUCGCCGCUGGUGUAAUUCUUGCCACCGGAUUUGUCCACAUGCUGUCUGGUGGAUCAGAAGCACUCUCAGAUCCGUGCUUGCCUGAAUACCCUUGGUCAAAAUUCCCAUUUGCUGGGUUCUUUGCCAUGAUGGCCUCACUGGCGACUCUUCUUGUCGAUUUUGUGGGGACUCAGUAUUAUGAGAGAAAGCAGGGUUUGACUCAAACAAGUGAGGAGCAAGGUCGAGUUGGAUCUGUGGAUACAAGUCUCGAGUCAGGUAUACUUCCAGUUGAGGAAAAGGAUUGGCAUGGGAAGGUAUUUGGAGAAGAAGAAGGUGGUGGAAUGCACAUUGUGGGGAUUCAUGCACAUGCAGCUCACCACAGACACAACCAUCCUCAGGGACAGGACGCAUGUGAUGGGAACCUGAGGGAAAACUCACAUUCUCAUGGUCACAGUCAUGGGCACGGGCACUCGCAUGGGCUGGGGGAUGGAGAAGGGGAUGGUCAUACCCGGCAUGUCGUCGUUUCUCAGAUUUUGGAGCUUGGAAUAGUGUCGCACUCAGUAAUUAUCGGAUUAUCCCUCGGCGUUUCACAGGACCCGUGUACCAUAAGACCGCUAAUAGCGGCCCUUUCUUUUCAUCAGUUCUUUGAAGGGUUUGCACUCGGAGGUUGCAUUUCCCAAGCCCAAUUUAAAAGUCUCUCUGCCACUAUGAUGGCGUGCUUCUUCGCCAUAACAACCCCAGCGGGGAUUGGUGUGGGAACUGCGAUCGCUUCCUUCUACAAUCCCUACAGUGCCGGAGCGCUGAUCACCGAAGGUAUAUUGGACUGCAUGUCGGCCGGUAUCUUGGUGUACAUGGCCUUGGUGGACCUAAUUGCUGCUGACUUUUUGAGUAAAAGGAUGAGCUGCAACUUUAGACUCCAAGUAGUGUCUUAUGUAAUGCUCUUUCUAGGGGCGGGAUUGAUGUCCUUGCUUGCCAUUUGGGCUUGAUUUCAAU